ACCUGGUCCUCCCUAUGCUCCCCACUUUCCCACCAGCACAGUGGCUCCCUUGGUAAUUUAACGUCAAUCUAAGCCUCUUUCCCCACCCACGUCCUCCCCCGCUCUAGGCUAUAACCUUACUCUAAACAAAAAAACCUCUGCAAAUCGGUGUCUUUUUCUUUCUGCUUCGUUCACUUCAUCAAAAAGAGCAGAACGCAGAAGGGAAAAACAGAACAGAACAGAACAGCAGCAAUGCAGCAGAGACAAUACCUUGUUCUUCUUCUUCUCUUCUUCUCUGUUUUUCUGCUCUUCCAAACCUCUUAUGGCCACAACGUAACACGUCUACUAGCAAAGCACCCAUCUUUGUCAACAUUCAACCAUUACCUCACUCUGACUCACUUAGCUUCGGAGAUCAACCGACGCACCACCAUCACUGUCCUUGCCCUGGACAACGCAGCCAUGUCUUCUCUCCUAGCUGAACACCCUUCCAUUUACACCCUCAAGAACAUCCUCUCCCUCCACGUCCUCCUCGACUACUUCGGUGCCAGGAAGCUUCACCAGAUCACCAAUGGCACUGCACUGGCAGCCACCAUGUUCCAAGCCACCGGGGUGGCUCCAGGGGUCGCAGGGUUUGUCAACAUAACAGAUUUCAAAGGUGGGAAAGUUGGGUUUGGAGCUGAAGACAAUGGUGGGAAUUUGGAUUCUUUCUUUGUGAAAUCUGUUGAGGAACUUCCUUACAAUAUAUCUGUGAUUCAGAUCAGCAAGGCCUUGCCUUCUGCUGUAGCUGAAGCUCCCACUCCAGGCCCAAGUGAGCUGAACAUUACUGGGAUUAUGUCAGCUCAUGGGUGUAAAGUGUUUGCUGAUACUCUUCUAGCAAACCAUGAAGCCAUUGGAACAUAUGAGGAUAAUGUUAAUGGAGGAUUGACUGUGUUCUGCCCUCUGGAUGAUCCAUUCAAAGCCUUUUUACCAAAGUACAAGAACUUGACAGCCUCAAAGAAAUCGUCUUUCCUCGAAUUGUUCGGUGUGCCUGUGUACCAAUCAUUAUCCAUGUUGAAAUCCAACAAUGGAAUCAUGAACACGCUAGCUACCGAUGGAGCAAGCAAGUUUGAUAUCACUGUGCAAAACGAGGGUGAAGAGGUGACACUAAAGACCAAAGUUAACACCGUCAAGAUAACGGGGACGUUGCUCGACGAGCAGCCAGUAGCAAUCUACACAAUCGACAAGGUCCUGAUGCCUAGUGAGUUGUUCAAGGCAGCUCCCACUCCAGCGCCAGCACCAGCCCCAGAGAUGGAAGCAGAUGCACCAAAGGCAUCCAGAUCCAAAUCCAAGUCCAAGUCAGCACCGGCAUCAGAAUCAGACUCACCAGCUGAUUCACCGGAUGACGACCCGGCUGAUCAGACAGCCGAUGAUGACAGUGCUGCUGCUAGUCUUGGAGGUGGAAGGUUUGCUGCUGUUGGUUUGAGUUUCUUGCUAGUCUCUUUGUUGGUGUAAGUUAUUUCUUGGUUUAAUUUUGUCUUCCUCAUUUUUCUAUUUCGGAGAAAUAAGUGGUGUGCUUAGUUUCCUUUUUCCUUUUUCUCUUUUUUUUCUCAUAUUUGUUUUAGUGUGUGAUGAGUUAUCAAAUUUUAGGUUAAAACAAAGGUUUGUGGUUUUUCUACUCUUCUUCUUUUUGCUGGAUGUAAGUUUGGUUAUUUCCAUUUGUCACUGUAGAUCUAGUAAUACACAUUGUUUUUAUGAUGGUUUUA